AUGGAAGAAGAACUUCCCGGAACCUGGACGCUCGUGGAUGAUGGAAAUAUCGUCCUCAAUCCUACUCCAACCCAGUCCCCAAAUGACCCGCUCCGCUGGAGCUGGUCGCGCAAGUACUGGCAUGCCAUGCUGGUCUGUUUCAUGGCCGGUCUAACAGCCGCCACUGCAAAUGAUGCCGGCAGUGCAUCGACGGGCCAAAACGAAGAACUCGGAAUCACCUACGGCUCCGAAAAUACCGGCGCGGGUAUCUUGUUUGCCUCGAUUGGCGUCACGACGUAUCUCCUCUCUCCAAGUUCCUGGCUGUAUGGCCGUCGUAUUUCUUACCUGAUCUGCAUGCUUCUUGGAGCUGGAGGGUCGGUCUGGUUUGCCCGUGUUCAGAACACACAGGACUCCAUUUGGAAUCAGCUUUUCAUAGGGGCCUCGGAAGCUUGUGCGGAGGCUAACGUGCAGCUGUCGCUUUCGGAUCUGUUUUUCGAGCAUCAGCUUGGUAGCGUCAUUGGAGUCUACGUCCUGGCAACCAGUAUCGGCACGUACCUGGGUCCCUUGAUCGCGUCCUACAUAGCAGACGGCCCCCUUGGAUGGCGAUGGAUUGGGUGGAUGGCCGUUAUUUUCAACGGGGCCACGUUCCUCAUCUGUCUUUUUACCCUGGAAGAAACGGUAUUUGAGCGUCCAUCUGAUGAAUCCACACCGAUGAUCAAUCCCGACGAAUAUCGCACUGAGAAGAAUGCUGGCGAGCAGUCGGGUUUAUCCGACAAGAAUGCCAAAGAGGAUGUCUCUCCAGCCUCGAUCGAGAUGGGCGCGGGUAGCUCUCUUGCCAUGGAUAAACCAAAGUCAUACUGGCAGCGCAUCGCAAUCAUCACCCCAGCCUCCAAUCUGAAGGGCACGGGAUUCAAACAAUACAUGUCCCGCCUGUUUCACACCUUGCGCCUGUUCAGCUUCCCGGCUGUCGUCUUCUCGGGAUUACAGUGGGGUGCACAGGAUGCCUGGCUGAGUUUCUAUUUAACCCUAGAGGAAGACUACUGGGUGGAAUCACCAUGGAACUACGGAGAUGCAGCAGACGGCAUUAUGAACGUCCCCUGCAUCAUCGGUGCCUUCCUGGGCUGCAUGUACGGCGGCUACUGCUCCGACGUAUUCGUUAUCUGGAUGGCGCACCGCAACAACGGAGUCCGCGAGGCAGAACAGCGCCUCUGGUUUCUGAUCCCAUGCGCCUGCAUCAGCUCCGCGGGCAUGUUCGUCUUCGGUAUCGGGACUGCAUACGAGUGGUCCUGGCCGGCUCCGUAUGUGGGCCUGGGCUUAAUCGGAUUCGGCUGGGGCUGCGUGGGCGAUCUAUCCAUGACGUACUGUGCGGAAUGCUACAGUCUGACUAUUCUGGAGGGGAUGGCGUGCAUUUCCGUGAUCAACAACCUGAUGGCGUGUAUUUUCACGUUCUGCGUGGAGCCGUGGCUGGACACGGGCGUCAAGACGACGUUUAUUGCGUUGGGGGUGCUUGAUUUUGCCAUUAUCAUGUUGUCUGUGCCGAUGAUUCUGUGGGGGAAGAAGUUCAGAGCGUGGACGAAGGAUCGGUAUUUCCGCUAUGUGCAGAUUCGGGAUUCGAUCUAG